AUGAGCUUUUCAAUAUCGACGAACCUCUCGCCUACCCCCAGCGAUCGGGAGGCCAUUGUCGACGCCAUCGCACGUUGCGUCUGUGGGCUGGACACGGCCGACCGCGCGCUGUUUCAAUCAGCCUUUACCGCCGACGCCGUCUUUGAGCUCAACGGCACGCUGCUGCACGGGCUCGACGAGAUUACGGCAUUGAGCUUUGAUAUCGUGUCGAAACUCGACACGACGCACAUGACCAGCAACGUGCGGACGACGUUUGCCGAGGGCGGGCGCGCGGCGACAACGACGGCGACGGGUGUCGCACACCACUACCGCGCCGGCCGCGGCCUCUCGAUGGAACAGGGGGGUCACACGGAGCGCCUGGUGGUCGGCAGCCUGUACUCGAUUGAUCUGGUCAAGGUGGAGGAAGAAGAUGAGGAGGGCGGGAAGCGGACGCUGUGGAAGGCCAAGACGUGGAGGCUCAAGAGUGUGUGGUCGCAGGGUGACUGGGCUGUCAUGGGCGCGCUGCCGGGUAGCAGAGGGCCCGAGGACGAAAAGGUAGGGACGGAUUAG